UAUUGCACCGCUCAUUUUAUUAAUCAGACUGUCAAUUUCCCCCAAGAGGCCAAACCCCAGAGCAAUCUAAAACAGACUCAGAGAUCAACCCAGGGACAAGCACCUCGCUCCUCACUCCUCUCUUCCUCUCCACUUGGAUAUUAUUCGUCUGACCGAAGGCCGCCUCCAUCAUCAAGUGACAGCCCUCUCCUAUUUAUUUGCUUAUAAACCUGUUACAAUAAAUGAUCAUUGGAGCAACGUCAGCCGAGCAUUUUAACAACGAACAGCAACCACUUUUGAUGAAUGACAUUUUGCUGCUGUGGGGAGGAUGCACGGCUCAUUUUGAGCAGUCGCUCGUCGAUUGCAUUCAGAUUCUUUCAUUUUUUGCGUCUUGCUUAUAAAAAGGUUUAGGAGCAGUUAUUUAGAGACCGUUGCUGACUUGCAUGCGGAUUUAAGCUCCGACACAACUCAUUGGUGCUCCAGCCCCCCUGGACAAGUGUUCUGUAGCGUUUUGUUUUUUUUUACGUCUUGCACGGCUUAAUGAUGGAGAGGAUAAGAAAAGAGAUGAUAUUGAUGGAGCGAGGUCUGCACAGCCCCGUCGCAGGGAAGAGGCUCGCAGACACGCCUGGGAACUCGGUGCUGGAGGCCCUGGAAAACUCUCAGCACAGCGGACGGCUGAGCCCGAGAAUAACUUCGGCUUCUCUCCAUGGAAAUCUCGGGGACAUCCCGACCAAAGGCAAAUUUGAAAUUGACAGUAUUUUCGGCACACACCACAACAGUGAAAAUACCUCUUCGGCGGAAAUUUCCUCGUCAGAAAGCAGGAAGAAAAUGAGCCUCUACUCCGAAGUUUCACCAGAUUCCGAUAUUAACAGUGAUGUGGAGGUGGGAUGCCCCGCGCAUCGCUCCCCGAGCCAGCACAAGGAAAACAACAAAGGUUUUUCAGACAGCAAUUCUGGAUCUUCCAACAUAAGCUCGAACUCCCUCCAAAAUAUGAACGGUAAUUCAUCGGGAGGAUCAAACAAUUCGAAUAGCGACCAAGUGAGAAGAUAUCGGACUGCUUUCACCAGAGAACAAAUCGGAAGACUGGAAAAAGAGUUUUACAGGGAAAAUUAUGUUUCGAGACCGAGAAGAUGUGAAUUAGCCGCAGCGUUGAAUCUGCCCGAGACUACGAUUAAGGUGUGGUUCCAGAACAGGCGGAUGAAGGACAAAAGGCAGCGUUUGGCGAUGUCCUGGCCCCAUCCAGCAGACCCCAGCUUCUACACUUACAUGAUGACCCACGCUGCAGCUACAGGAAGUCUACCUUACCCUUUCCACUCGCACAUGCCUCUACAUUACUACCCGCACGUCGGAGUCACGGCAGCAGCAGCCGCCGCUGCCGCUUCCGGCGCCGCGUCGUCACCUUUCGCCACCUCCAUCCGCCCCCUUGAUACCUUCCGAGCGCUCUCCCAUCCCUACUCGCGGCCGGAGCUCCUGUGCAGCUUCAGGCACCCGGGACUCUACCAGUCACCUGCAGGUCUGAAUAGUUCGGCAGCGGCAUCGGCCGCGGCGGCGGCGGCAGCGGCGGCGGCGGCGGUCAGCGCCCCGUCGGCCACCGGGCCUUGUUCGUGUCUGAGCUGCCACAGCAGCCAGGCGGCGAGCGCGCUGGGCUCCAGGAGCGCCAGCGGAGACUUUACCUGCACAGCUUCGGGGCAAAGAUCCGAGAGUGGAUUUCUGCCGUAUUCUGCUGCUGUUCUCAGCAAGACAUCCGUCCCGUCACCAGACCAACGAGAAGAAACUCCACUUAACAGAUAACUCACCAUCAUGCAGCACAACAAUUUGCCCUAGUCCUAGUCCAACUUUAGGGGAUAGGCCUAGGCCCACUUUAAAAACCACACCUGGGUAAAUAAUUCGUUGGAUUCGGCAGCAUUGUAAACAGACACAUACACACUCUUGGGUUAAUUUCUACAAGUUCAAAAUAUUCUUCAUAACAAAAACACACAUAUAGCCAGCACUGAAAAUGUUGCACCUCACAAACAACCUUUUCUAAAAGCUUGUGCUGGCUUGUGUUGUGCCUGUAGAUCUAUUUCUACGAUGGAUUCAUUUGGAAAAAUGGGUAUGCAUUCUCUCCCUAUGCCACAAUCAUUUAUUUAUUUAUUUAUUUAUUUAUUUAUACGCUUGAAAUGCUACACAUUACACCCAACAACUGUCAUUCUGUCCCAAUCAAUAUUAGGCUACUUUUUCAAUAGUCACCGUGACGAACCCAGCCUGGUUACCUUGACUCCUCUGGUUUUUUAGGAUUCAAACGUGAGCGAAUUAUGUUACCCUACAUUUAGAUGGCAGAAGAGCCUGCUUUUCUGCCCAGCAGGACAUCUUUCUUCACUAGGCCUAAUAAACUGAGAUUUUGGCAGGGAUAGCUCCAACACCCAGCCUCAGCUCUAUGGGGACCCUCCUAAUCAGCGAGAAGGGUGCAUAUCAUUUUGGACCGCGUCUUUCGUGUCAAUUUUUAUGUUAAUAAUGAGAGGAUCAUGACAAAAAUUGCCAAUCAUGGACCUAGAUGGAGCUCCUUUGAAUACAUGACUGUAAGAAAGUUGCUCGUUUUGAGACCUGCUGUCAAGUGCUAACAACCCGCGGAGGGAAGUCAUUAGACAUACAAAAGACCUGGAACAAAGCGACAGUCCUGGAACACAGAUGCACUGUA